GCAAGACGAGCCUCAGGCCCUCAGCCCACCACACACACCCCCACAGCCGCACGAGUAGGGCGAGAUGAGCAACGCCCGCUCGCCGUCGGCGGCGCCGGCGCCGCUGGACGACGACGACCUGCUGCCGGAGAUCCUCCUCCGCCUCCCGCCGCAGCCGUCCUCCCUCCCCCGCGCAUCCCUCGUCUCCAAGCGCUGGCGCAGCGUCGCCUCCGACUCAGCCUUCUCACGCCGCUUCCGCCGCCACCACCGCCGCAACCCUCCCCUCCUCGGUUUCUUCCGCAUCGAGCUGAGGGGCCGCUUCGAGCCCCGCUUCGAGCCUUCCCUCGACGCCCCAAAUCGGGUCCCACCCGAACGCCUCUCCUGGCGAUGGAACGAGGGUGACGACUGCUACGACCUUGUUGGAUGCCGCCAUGGCCUCGUGCUAGUCCUCAACAGAGCGCACACGCAGGUCCUGGUCUGGGACCCUGUCACCGGCGACCGGCACCGCGUCGCCGUUCCCCCGGGGUUCAAAAUUGCUGGAGCCCCGAUCAGCGGGACGGUGCUUCCGGGUGCCGGAGACGACGACCACUUCCAGGUGGUCUUGGUAGGAACUGAUGGUGAGGAGGGACAAAUUACAGAAGCGAUUGCCUACGUUUACUCGUCGGAAACUGGUGCGUGGGGCGAUCCCAUCUCGACACCGCUUCCAUCCAAGCAUGCCAUAGUUUCUGUCAACAAGACUGCUGUGAUGGUUGGGGAUUUCAUUUACUGGUUGCUCAAAUCGGAUGAGAUUCUUGAGUUUGAUCUUGAUAGGAAGAGGCUAUCCUUGAUACCUGUGCCUGCGUGCUUGGAUUUAGGGAGCGGCAGUUUCUUCUUCUCAGUUAUACGGGCAGAUGGCGGUGGGCUUGGUUUCAUCUUUUUGUCAGGCUUCAAUGCCCAAUUGUGGAAGAGGAAGACCGAUUCUGAUGGUGUUACUUCAUGGGUGCUGGAAAAAACUAUUGAAAUUGAUAGGUUACUUCCUCCGGAGGAUGUAGAGGCGAGACGGUCCCUAAUGAUACUAGCGUAUGCCGAAGACAAUGACACGGCUCUCAUGUGGACAGGUGUUGGUCUCCGUGGUCGUAUCUUCACGAUGCAGCUUAAGUCAUUGAAGUUUGAGGAACUCUUGCGAAACACCACCUUUGGUUACUUUCACUUAUUCGAAAGUGUCUACGCUGCAGAAACAUGCAUUGGUGGUGGAGCUGGUAUUUUGCACAACACAUAAGAUGAUUGCCCUGUUAGAUAUGCUAUUGUGAUGUACUAGUUGAGCAGGUACCUAGAAUUACAUUCUGGUGGCUGAUCUGCGGAAGUGGAUUUGUUUUGCUCCAUUGUGGUCCUUCCAUUCUGCAUGAUGUGCAUGUGGGGUCUUGUGUGGACACUAGUCAACUGCUUGAAGACAUAUCUCGCAAAAAAAAAAAACUGGUUGAAGACAAAGUAUUGGCCCUGUCAGUAAUCUCGUCGAUCAUUUUUUUAUGCUUGCAGGACGUUUUGUGGCAGGCAGUCAAAGUGUCGGUUGCGUCACUGUUUGCUUAUGUGCCCGUUGUGUCAUAUCGGGAUAUGAAAUUUAAAUCACUGCUUGUGUUUUGUUCCAUGACGCCAUUUAUGGCGGUGUGUGUACAUGCAUGUUGUUAUAUUCUUAUUAGAUGAAACUUUGUGUCGAAAAGGUAUCAUUGCUGCAGUGAUGCUAUUAUGACUUGAAUUUGUAUUAUGAUCAAGCUGGUGUCUGAAACUCUGAAUCACAUUGCUGUUUUA